GAUUUUACGAGAAAUUGCGAAAAAUUGAAUUAUUUCUGACUUUUCUCAAUUGCCUACUGCACACACACACGCAGUCAUACACACAGUAUUGAACAAUGAAUGUCGAUAAUUUCGGAUGGGAAAGCAGCCUUUCAGUCGUUGCAAAUGAACAGACACGCACCGCCCGUCCACGUCAUCAUCACGGAAAUUCGGUGCCGACACUGCUUCGACCGGUUUUUAUGAAUGCCGUCGAAGUUGGAUACUCUUACGCACAUUGCGACCGUGACAAGAAGCUAAACGUCCGCGGUGUCACCAUUGCCCUAUGGCAUUUCAUCUGUCGUGGACAUCAAGCGAUCGCUCUUCUUCCGUAUUGCUUUAAGAAUUAUGCGGAAAAAUCGUCGAGAUACUCGGAGCUCAUGAUGCUUUAUCGUCUCAAUUUGAUCGAGUUUACACCGGGUUACGGUAGCGAGAAGUACACCGAAGUCAAUCGUAUUAUGGUUAAUCGGGCCUAUGAGACUGGUGGAUGCCUUGUCGCAAGAUCACAGAUGCAGGGAAUCACUGAUAACAAAUCGCAUUUGAUCGAUGUCGUUGAGCAAAGACUCUUGAUGCCAACGUUCAACGGAGACGACAUCAUGUUCCCGAUUGACGGUCCACUCGGAAGAAAUGGUCCAUCGCUGGAGCAAACUCUCCAGUGUGAUCAAGGCUUGUCGGAUUGGAGAUCGUGCUCGGAGCAUCAGCUUCUGCUCUCCGACCAACGUCAUUGGCUCGAGAAGUUGGCUCUUUUGGUGCCGGAGAAGGUCGUCUGGACGCGUAUGGUUCAGAUGAUUCAGGGAGGUGGAAUCGACGAGCAGAUCGAGGGAGCAGGAGGCAACGAUGGAUUCUUUGAUGAACCUCCAUCUCCACCACUGGAGAAUCCGUUCCAUCGCCAAACUUGCACUGUUCCAUCCAACACCAACAUCCACAAUGAUCAUGGUCCUGGCCAAGCACCUCCGGAUCCAUACCAACCUCAUGGUCAUCCAGCCCAUCACAUUCCGAAUCCCCAUCAACUUCACCACCAGCACCGUCGCCGCUAUUCUUCGCCAAGACGCUUCCACGGCAACCAUCAGCCGAGACGUAAUCCAUCGUCGACUCGUCUUGUGAUUCGCUACGGAUCCUCACCGCCUGAGGUGGUUGGUCGUGGUGGAGUGGAUGGAGGUGGACAUCAGCAGCAGCAUCAGCAUCAGCGUCGGACUUCGAAGCACUCGGCGACUACGGAUUCGGUUGAGUCGACUGCUAGUACACAGUCGGGAGAGAGAACUGAGAGCUCCACUCAAUCCAUAGAAGCCGACGAGGAUAUUGCUCGCGAGCUCGACGCUCAACUCAUUGAAGAAGCCCGCCGUGAGACUGAAAAACGUGUGAAAGAAGAGGCGGACCAGAGAAAGAAGGACGAGUUGCUCGCCAAAUUGUCGCAGAUUUUUGGAUACGCAAAGUCGAUUCGUGUCAUGAAGAAGUACCCAAAGAUGUUGACCCUCUCACUUCUUGUCGAAAAAUGCAUGCAAGAGAGUGAUGAAGCCGGAGAUGGAGGAGAGUUUUCGGAUGUUUGGGCUUGUGUCGCCGAGGAGAUUCGGGCUCUGCCGACUCCGACUCCGACUCUGACUCCGACUCCGGAGCUCGUUGAGGAUUUGAUUGACUUUUCCGAUGAACCAUUGAUCCCGUCUGUUGAGAUGAGCGGCCGCCGUGAACAGGAGACGAGAAAUAAGGAAUCGAUACUCGUGGAUUUAAUGUUUUGAAUUAUUGACUUUUUUUGUGUCUAGAGAAUAAUUGGAUUUUAUUUGUGUAUUUGUGAAAUGUAAAUGUAUUGGGUUUUGAUCGAUUAUUUAUGAUAAACUUUAUGAAGUGA